AUGGCUGGCCUGCUCCCUAGACAGGCAGGGGAAGGGUUUUGGGAGGGAGGAGGAAAGGUGGAGAGUGUCUCUGACCCAAUUCUCACGUUGUCGUCGCAUUUCUCUGCGGCCCAUCCACUUCAAUCUUCAGCGGUGUCUCAUCGCAAUCGCGGCACCUUUGACGAGACCUACGAAUCUAACGACCCCCCAAACCUUACGACUUACCCACCGCAACUUCAGCAGCAGGCUGCUCCCCUUCCUUUCUCUGACUCUACCCGCCAUCACCCACUUCGACCGUCGAGUGCUUUGGGAAGCACUCGCUCGUUACGGAGAACAGCACGUCUUUCUCAACGUCCCCCCUCGGUAGAUGUUUCGGGACGCCCAUUUCAGGUAGAGCAAUCAAUCCCGGUGCUGGUGCGACCUGUCUCGGCGCAUACGCGAGACCUCGCUGCACUCCGUUCCUCCCUCUCCGAAGCGCAAACUGAAGACGACGACGCCGAUUCCGCAGCUGAAGACCAUCCUCUGCGGCCGGGCGAAUUGUACUGGCCCCACAGAACCACUCGUGUCUCCUCGCGCACAGCGUCCGCGAUCCUCUGGACCUUGGAGGAAGCGAUUCGCAAGCCAUUUCCGCUCACCUUCGAUUGGGAGGAAGUGAAUGCGCCCAUGUCUGACAUCGCAGGUCCUUCUGGUGCGCCUGGCUUUGGAGCCAAUGGCCGCGCACAGAAUGGAUCUUCUCGGGCCGCCAGCGGCCCAGUCCCUGUGAACCCGCACCCUCCAAGUGGUGUGCGAACGCCCACUGAUAUCAUGAGACAGCGUCGAGACCGAGAGGCUCGGAAGAAAGCAGAGCAAGAGGCCAAGGACCGAGAGCAGGAUGAAGCGGAGCACAAACAGCAGGAUCAGACUACGGCUCAGGCUCAAGGGCAGGCUUAUGCUGCUGGCGUUGCCGGUGACAGAACUUCGCAGCGAAGGGUGCAGAUACCCGAGCGCUCUGCCACAAACAUUCGACGUCCGGAUCCUCAGGCUCCGUCGCAGCUCCCCGGAACUGGCGGUGCACCUGGUCAUGUUCGGCCAGCCACAUCUGCCGGACAACCCAACCCAGCUCAAUCGCAGCACCCUGCCACACAGAGCUCCGCCGGCUUGUCCAAGCAAGCUUCCAAUCAGCCCGGUGGCCCCCAAUCGGAACAGCAACCCCGUCGAAUCCCAUUUCCCCAUGCGUUCGAACGGUGGGAGACGCUUUCGUCCCACUGGGAGGGCUUGACUGGGUAUUGGAUCCGGAAGCUAGAGCAGAACAACGAAGGGCUCGAGCGCGAUCCUCUCAAUCAGCAAAUGGCACGCCAGGUGACUGAUCUCUCUGCAGCCGGUGCGAAUCUUUUCCACGCGGUGGUGGAGUUGCAGCGCCUGCGCGCCUCAUCCGAGCGCAAAUUCCAGCGCUGGUUUUUCGACACUAGGGCGGACCAAGAACGAUCGAAGGAGGUGCAAGCAGAGUUGGAGAGACAAAUUCGGACCGAACGUCAAGGACGGUCUGAUGCUUUGACCUCAUUGCAGAAGGCCGAGAGCGACAAGGUCCGCGCCGAAGAGUUGCUCAAAGAAAUGCGUCGUGAGCUUCAGAUCUCCAAGGAAGAAGCUCGCCGAGCGUGGGAGGAAUUGGGUCGGCGCGAACAAGAAGAACGCGAUCGGACCAAUUCCCUCCGGAACGGGGAACCCACCUUAGUCGGAGGGGUACAGGUUGUACCUAUGAUUCCAGGGCCUGCCAGAAAUCCUAACCGCCCACCUACUCGCGAAAGUCCGUACGCCGAAAGUGAAGGUGUGACCAAGAGCACGGAUCCGGCAGAAGGCCAAUUUUAUGCAGAUGCGCCCGCAUCGCCUACCGGAACCGACCCGUUCGUGGAGGGGGAGAGGCCUCUUCAGGAGCUGCCAACAUCCACAUCGGCUGAACCCCAGAGACAGUAUCCUGGACACUUCUAUGAGCAACAGGCGACAUACCCCCCUCAGCCAACCUCCGAGAACGAUGACCGCUCAUACGUUCCCAGCGUUGUCAGUAGCGAGCCAGGUGAAGAGGAAUUCGGUAGCAGCUAUCGCCACACUCCGCAGGGUCCGAUCGUGUACCCCCCUACAAUGUCCGAGGCGAGCGACGAAUAUGAACAACGAUCGGUAGAGGGAGGGUAUCCUCCAACCUCCAUGCCCGCAUCUUCAGGGCCUCCGUAUGAAGGCUAUACCCCGUCCGUCGACUACAGUGGCUCGGGAUGGGGUGUAGGAACCGGGUGGGAAUCCAUGACCCCCCGCCAUCGCCAUCCUACCCGCCUUAGCGAUGUGAUCGAGGAAGAGGAGCCACGAACUACUCCUAGCCGAGCCAGCGUAGCCAGUCGAAGUGUACAGUGA